AGGAAGUGUAAUUACUGCCUCUGCCGCACACCCUUUAUACGUAGCUAUUGUGGCCUGGGUGCCAGUACUGAGAGUCUGAACCAGUGUAUCUACAGCUGGUGAGCGAGCAGACAACCACUGAUGGCUGCUCCACCUGGCUCUUCUUCUUCGGUGCCGUCACUGCCGCCGCCUCGUCCGAAGUCUCCUCCCAAAUAUCCGGAUUUGUAUGGGAAACUCAGGGAAACGGCCAAGGUUCAAAUGCUUGAGAGAGAGAUUGGUUUCUUUGAGGAGGAGUUAAAAGCCAUUGAAGGCCUUCAACCUGCUUCUAAAUGCUGCAAAGAUGUUGCUGAUUUCGUGGUGGCAAACUCAGAUCCUUUGAUACCUGUAAGUCGGAAGAAUCGAAAGUCCUGCCGUUUCUGGAAGUGGCUUUGUGGGCUGCCCUGUUUCAACUUAUCAUGGAUUUGUUGUUGCUGCUGCAAUUCUGGCUUCUCUCUCCGUCUAAAAAUGCCUCGUUGCCGCUGUUGCUGCUGCUGCGACUGUAAUCCUUGUAAAUGCCGUUCUUGCAACACCUCCUGCUCGCUACCAAAGUUGCGGUGGUGUUGUGCUUGUCCUAGAUUUAAUUGUUGUAGACAAUGUAGAGAGAUCUCAUGCUGCUGCAGUUUAGAAUGCUGUUCGCUCCCAGAUUGCGUUUCUUGCUGCAGAUGGGUAUCCUGUCGCCCUAAAUGCCCCAUGGUAUGCUGCUCCAAUUGUACAAAAAACUGUUGUAACCCAUGUUGUUUAUUCCUGUAACAUCUUAAUGCAAUAUCAUAGGGAAGAAUUAUCCUCCAUAUUCAUUUCAUUUCAAUUGUAGUAUAUUUUUAUGAUUUUUCGCAGUUGAAUUAUUCCU